AGAGUUUUUGAGUGGAUUGGUUCUACUUUUCCUGUUUCCAGCUCUGCAGUUGGUUGCUUUGAUAUUCUCAACAGAGAUUUUUUUUCCUCUCCUUCAUCCAGCUUCAUGGAAGUUGCAACCAAGAUAAAUGGAGUGUUUUUAGGCAAACAUAAAAAGGGAAUUAAUGCCAAGAUCACAGGUUCUCAGAGGAAUAGAAGAAAACAGUUGCAGUGUAAUUGGGAUAAAGGCAGCUGGUCAGAUUUUGAAGCAAGCCAGGGUUGUGAACUUCUGGUAUAAUUAUGCAUACUUUCACAAGCCAAGAAUACUUCCAGCAAUUAAUUGAAGGCUGUGUCAUACCCACAACAGAGCAAGGGGUACAACAAAUCUGGCAGCUGCUGGCCAUCUGUUUGGGAUGUCGAGUUCUUUGGCGACUCUCUUUGCCAACAUGUUUGAAACACUUGAGCACAGUCGCUGGCGGCUUCUACUGCCUUUAUCACUUCUUCCAACUGCAGAUGAUCUGGGUUGUGCUGCUCAGCCUCCUGUGUUAUCUUGUCCUGUUUUUGUGCCGCCACUCCAGCCACCGUGGUGUCUUCCUUUCCAUCACCAUCCUCAUCUACCUACUUAUGGGGGAAAUGCACAUGGUGGAUACAGCUAGCUGGCACAAAAUGAGAGGGGCACAGAUGAUUGUGGCGAUGAAAGCCAUCUCCUUGGGGUUUGAUCUUGACCGUGGUGUUCUUCUUACUGUUCCAUCACCAGUGGCAUUCAUGGGCUACAUCUAUUUUGUGGGAACUGUGAUAUUUGGCCCCUGGAUCAGCUUCAGCAGUUACCUUCAGGCUGUGGAGAGCAGGAAGAUGUAUUCUGGUGUAUACUCUGGUUUCUUACACUUUUCUCUUAAUUUUAUACACACUGUGUCUGAUAGAGACCUCUUUUUCAGCUGUUAUAAUCUUUCUUUUUUUACCUUUCCUUGCUUUCUCACUGCUCUGAUUUUGAAGCACAGGAAGAAGAGAAAAGCCAGGGGUGUCGUGAUCAGAUGGCUAAGAGCUUAUGAGAAUGCAGUCUCUUUCCACUUCAGCAACUAUUUUGUUGGGUUCAUUUCAGAGACCACGGCCACACUGUCAGGGGCGGGCUUUACAGAUGAGAAAGACCACAUAAGAUGGGACCUGGUUGUGUCAAAGCCACUGAAUGUGGAGUUGCCUCGCUCGAUGGUUGAAGUUGUGACGAGCUGGAAUCUACCCAUGUCUCACUGGCUAAACUCUUAUGUCUUCAGGAGCUCCUUGACUCUGGGGACGUUCCCUGCUAUCAUUGUUACCUACGCAGCCAGUGCUCUGUUACAUGGUCUCAGUUUCCACUUAGCUGCUAUCCUACUGUCUUUAGGAUUCAUCACUUAUGUGGAACAUGUGCUGCGGAAGAGGUUGUCAUCUAUCUUUAGUGCCUGCAUAUUGAGCAAGCGCUGUCCACCUGCUUGCUCCCACCAAUAUAAAAUGCAGAAUCCCCUGGUAUGGGCUGUUAAUCUAGCGUUUGGGAUUUUGGCGUUGUUUCAUCUAGCAUACCUUGGCUGCCUCUUUGAUGUUGACGCAGAUGAUUCUGUGGAGGAACAGGGUUAUGGAAUGUCCCAUACUAUUGCUAAGUGGUCUGAACUAAACUGGGCCAGCCACUGGGUGACCUUUGGCUGCUGGGUUUUCUACCGCCUUAUUCGUUGAUUGGACUCUACAGCUUUGUCCAGUGAUUGUGGGGAAAAAUGUGUGGAUACAUUUAUUUGUAAAGGGUGGUGAGAGGCCUGGUAUGCACUCUAGAAAUGAUCUCUCCUCCUUUCUGUUUUUGUACUCUUUUAGAGGUGAACAUAAAAUACUAAACUGUCCACACACAAGCUGCUGGGUUUUGCAGGACAGGACCAUUAUUCUCCACUGGAAACUAUUACUGUUACAUAAUGAUCAGGCAUUUUAAGUGGAAGUCAAAAAAAUGGAACUCUGUGUACCUGUAACGUGUAAUGUGUGCUCCAGAAAAAAAAAAAAACUCCUUCAUCUGAAUUUAGUAGUAUUUUUGUGAUUCUAGUACUUGUUUGUUAUGAUUUAUUUUAUUUGGAGUAAAUGAUUUUGGUUAAUAAAAGAAAACAAGACAUUCAUAUUACUGUUUACUGAAGCUGCAAGCAUUAUGAGGCUAUGUUAGGUGUUGUUAUACACUCCCAGCAUGUGAUUAUGAAUGCUAACUGACCUGCUUCAUGGCUGUCCUCAGAUGUCCACGCAGGCCCAUCUUUAGGAGUAUCACUGAGGAAGUAAAAAGAAGCUGGAGAAAUUAGUGUUGCCUGUCAGCAUAUCAUAGCAUUUCAUUGAAGCCCUAAAAAUUAUCAACCAAAUCUGGAGGGUGAAGUAUAUUUGGAAAAAAUUGUCAAGUGCAGACUGAUGUCUGUUAUGUCUGUAAACUUCUCUGUUUUUUUUUUUUUAAUCUUCUGAUAUUGUACUGUGCUUGACUGAUAAUCCCAGCUACCAUUUUUAGGUAGCUCUUUCAAUUGCUAUCUUGGCCGGGGCUUCUUACAGUGGGGGAGUGCUCUUGUCUCCCAUUGUUGUGGGGUUCUUAGCAGUCAUAGGUCAGUGAUGCUGUCAUUUAAGCUGUCAAGGGUUUGCCCCCUUUUGUCCUCUUCACUUAGAGUUGUGGAGAAAUGUACUUACAUUAGCAAAUCAAAUUCAUGUUUCCUCAUGCUUCCUCAAGAUACUUGACACUUACCAAUCACCAAUCACCUAGUUAACAUCAAUGUUGUAGCAGUCAGUCAGGAGUAGAUUACUUGUUAGCUAGGCCCUCAACACUAACCCUUUUCCCAGGAAAAAGAGCAGCAUUCCAGUUGCUUGAUCCUCUCUUGGUUUUGGGCCCCUAUUCAGUCUUUGUUCGUCUGUGACCCCUGUGCACAUUACUACUGCUGUAAUGGCUGAGUGACAGUUUUAAACUUAAGGUGGUAAGCAGAAAGGUAAUAGAGGCAUGCAGGAGAAAUGCUGAAUAUAAAAAAAGAAAUUAAAAUUUUGCUGAUGACAGGAUUUCUCCAUGAUAAGGUACUGAACCUUGAUAUCAGUUCAUCUUUAGGAAGAAGAAAAAUGAAAGACAGAUAACUGCAUUAUCAUUGGUCAGAUCUGAUCCUUUCCCUGGGCUCUUUAAUUUCACUGACAUGGGAUUGCUAAUGAUUCAUUCUUUAAAAUAAGUACAAGAAACUUGGUAUUUAUGUAUUGCCUUCUGUCUAUAUGUGUAACUAUGAAAGUGAAGAGAUCUCAUACCCACAGUUUGAUGGGUAUAUUUGAGCUGUAGAAAAAUGUGUUACAGUGGCAUUUUACGUAUUAAAGAUAACUGAUUACUGUUUUUAUUCAUACAAAAUUGCAGCAUUGAGUUUGUCUCCCAGUUUCUGAUGCCUGGUAUUGUUUAAAAAGAAAGUUGUAUUUGUAUUUGAUGGUCUGAUUAUCAUUUACAGCCAGAACAGAAAAAAGUGAAAUGGCAAACAUAAUAGAAAAAAAGAAAAGAUGUUGUGGUUCUUUCCAGCAACCUUAUGAAUUGUAAUUUUUCUUCCAGUAUUUUAAAAGUCCUGCGUUUAAAUAAAAAAACCUUUCCAUGA